AUGGCCGAAAUUUCUGAAUGUAAUGAUACGAACGAUGAGGAUGCAUCGUAUUUCGUGCGUAAAUUAAAAUUUGGCGACAAUGAAUUCAAAAUAAACCAAAGAUGUAUUGGACAUGUUAAUUGCGUUGUUUGGGAUAGUGCUAUUGUAGCAUGUCAUUAUUUUGUUCGACUUCAAUCAUUUUGGAAACGAAAAAAGGUUCUAGAACUUGGUGCUGGAACAGGAGUGUGUAGUAUACUGUUAGCAGCAUUGGGUGCAGAUGUUGUGGCAACUGAUUUAUCGGAAGGAAUCAAAUUAUUGGAGCAAAAUAUUCGGAAAAAUUGGGAAGUGAUAAGAAGAAAUGAAGGUUCUGUUAAAGCUGAAAUUUUGGAUUGGAAUAAUCCUUGUGAUAAAUCGCUUUCAUUUGACGUUCUUAUAAUGAUCGAUGUAAUUUAUUACAUAAAGGCAUUAGAAGGACUUGUUAGAAUAAUAUUACGAUUGGAAGCGGCAACGAUUAUUUGUUGCUACGAAGUGCGCGAUAUUGGAGAACCGAAGGUUGCUCAAGAAGGAUUUUUUGAAAUGAUAUCUCCUUUUUUUAAUAUUUGCCCAGUAGCAGAUAAGGAGUUAGAUGAUGUAUAUAAAUCACCAGAUAUCAAAGUACUACGUUUAGUGCGUAAGUGA